CGCAGCCGUCGAAGUGAGGGCAGCCCAACAUGGCUAGGACAUCUCUCUGGCUGCUGCUAUGCGCCUGUCUUUCUCAAGUCUCUUGGGCCGCCACGGUCCGGAAGAGCUUGCGUCUCACUUGGGGCGAAGGCGCUCCGAAUGGACGGUCAAGGGAGAUGAUCUUCAUCAAUGGCCAGUUCCCGGGGCCGAACCUCAUCUUUGACGAGGACGACGAUGUUGAGAUUACAGUGCACAAUGACAUGCCCCGGAAUGCAACCGUUCACUGGCACGGGAUCGCCCAAACGGGCACUCCAUGGUCUGAUGGUGUCAUCGGACUCUCUCAGAGACCCAUUCUGCCGGGCGAGUCUUUCGUCUACCGCUUCAAGGCCUCUCCCCCCGGAACGCACUGGUACCAUUCUCACGAACGCAUGUCGCUCGAGGAUGGUCUUUACGGGGCAAUUUUUGUCAGGCCAAAGCAAAAUCUCAAGGGACUGUGGUCCCAAAUCAGCAAUGACACCAAGGACAUCAAGGCUAUGGAGAAGGCCGCACGCAAUCCAAAGCUCAUGGUCCUGUCAGAGUGGACAAGCUUCACUUCUGAGGCAUGGUGGAAAGCCGUCCAGGAAUCGGGCCUGUUAAUCUUCUGCGUCGAUAGCAUCCUGUUGAACGGCCAGGGAGAGGCCUACUGCCCGCCUCACGAAUUCCUCAUCAACCAGACAAAUCCCGGCCCCAAGAUGACCAGUUUUCCCGACCAGAACGUCACCGACAAAGGCUGCUUCCCCUUAACAGCGCCGGGAAUCCAGGGACCAUGGGUACAUAACUCGAGCGACAUCACCAAGGUUCCCAACCAUCUCCAAUGGGGAUGCAUCCCGUCGAGCGGAAGCAACUACACGCUCGAGGUUGAUCCCGCCGACGGGUGGGUCAGCCUGAAUUUCAUCGCGACGCAGUCCAAUAAGCAAGUCGAUUUCUCCAUCGACGAGCACACAAUGUGGCUCUACGAGGUUGACGGAGCCUACGUGGAGCCGCGAGAGUUCGUCGCCGCCGCCAUCAGCUCGGGCGAGCGCUUCUCCGUCAUGGUGAAGCUCGACAAGACCCCCGCCCGCUACACCAUCCGCCUGCCCGACUCGGGCGCGACCCAGGUCCUCUCGGGCUUCGCCGAGAUGGUGUACAAGGGCGCCGAGCACAGCACCAGGCAGUCGAUCCCGUACGUUACCUACGGCGGCAUGAGCGCGCUCCCCAUCACCGACACCAUGAGCUACACCCCGUACGACCUCUCAUCCGACACGAUGACGCCGUGGCCGCCGGUCGCGCCGGCACCGGUGGCGGACGAGGAGUUCCUCCUGGUGAUGGGUCGCGCGGGGUCCACGAUCAAGUACACCAUGAACGCCAAAUACCUCUACCCUCCCGACUUCAAGGCGGACCGGCCCAUGCUCUUCUACCCGAACGACACGCUGGGGACGGAGGACGAGAACCUGGUGAUCCGGACCAAGAACGGGUCCUGGGUCGACCUGAUCCUGCAGGUCGCCUCGCUGCCCGGCGACGAGAUGGCCUUCCAGCACGUCAUGCACAAGCACGGCAGCAAGACGUGGAGGAUCGGCAGCGGCGUGGGGCCGUGGAAGUACAGCAGCGUGGCCGAGGCGAUCGACGCGGAGCCCGAGAGCUUCAACCUGGUCAACCCGGGAUACCGGGACACCUGGAUGACCGUCUUUGCCACCGAGCCGACGGGCGGAUACUGGACCGUCUACCGCUACCAGGUGACCGAUCCGGGCCCGUGGUUGUUCCACUGCCACUUUGAGCUGCACAUGAUGGGAGGCAUGUCCAUGGCCAUCCUGGACGGCGUUGACGCGUGGCCCGAGGUGCCGCCCGAGUACCGAUUGACCAAGCCGUCUUCUAACAACCCGUGGAAGAACAUCUUGGAGUGGCUCCGCGACUUGCUCGACCGUCUUAAAGGAGGCCGCCAUUCCAAGGCCUGACCGUAUCCAGGGAAAGGGGGGGAAUUAUUUUUUUGUAGCAUUAACUAAUUUGGGAAGAGCGUGCGUCCGGCUGCGUAGGACACAACGGGCACUGCCAUGGGGUGUAGAAAGAAAUUCUUUUGUUCUUGUUGCCGAUGAGAAAGGAAAGAGGGAACGAGAAUCAGGAGACUAACACUCUUUCUUGUGUUCGGACGCCAAUGUUACCUCCCUCAGGUAGAUAGAUAAUCCGAUCCGUGUUUUCCCCUCCUACUGCC